GCAUCGAAGAUAGCGAGACUAUUUCUCUCUCUCUCUCUCUCUCCUUUAUCUUCUUCUCUACUUCUUCGCAGCUUUGAAACCCUAGAAAUCCUCGAAUUUCGAGCUUAUUUAAACUUUAGAGAGAGAAACUCAAGGGGAAAUCCGUGUGUAUCUCUGGAAAUUUAUACAGAUUCGAAGUCAGAGCUGAGUUUAACUCGAUCUCUAGUUGUUUCCUGGACUCUGCUGGUUUUGGCAGAUCAAGUUUCUUUUGUUUCUUCGAGAGGAGAAAAAUGUCUUCGUUGAGCAGGGAAUUGGUGUUUCUCAUACUUCAGUUUCUGGAGGAAGAGAAAUUCAAGGAGUCAGUUCAUAGGCUUGAGAAAGAAUCAGGGUUUUUCUUCAACAUGAAAUACUUUGAAGAGAAAGUUCAGGCAGGUGAAUGGGAAGAAGUUGAGCGGUAUUUAUCAGGUUUUACAAAAGUUGAUGAUAAUCGAUAUUCCAUGAAGAUAUUCUUUGAGAUAAGGAAGCAGAAGUAUCUGGAAGCACUUGAUCGGCAAGACAAGGCAAAGGCUGUUGAAAUAUUGGUCGGUGAUUUGAAGGUGUUUUCUACAUUUAAUGAGGAACUCUACAAAGAAAUCACUCAACUUUUGACCCUCAACAAUUUCAGGGAAAAUGAGCAGCUGUCCAAAUAUGGGGAUACAAAAACUGCUCGCAGUAUAAUGUUGGCAGAACUAAAGAAACUCAUAGAAGCAAAUCCACUUUUCCGUGAUAAGCUUGCUUUCCCUACUUUGAAGUCCUCAAGACUAAGGACUUUGAUCAACCAAAGCUUGAACUGGCAGCAUCAGCUAUGCAAGAAUCCAAGGCCAAACCCAGACAUCAAGACUUUGUUCACAGAUCACACAUGUACGCCUCCAAAUGGCCCUCUUGCACCUACACCUGUCAAUCUUCCAGUUGCUGCAGUUGCAAAACCUGCUGCUUAUACAUCUCUUGUAGCUCACAGUCCCUUUCCACCAGCUGCAGCAGCAGCAGCAGCUGCUAAUGCUGGUGCUUUAGCUGGCUGGAUGGCCAAUGCUUCUGCCUCUUCAUCUGUUCAAGCUGCUGUUGUCACUGCAUCUUCCAUACCUGUUCCACAAAACCAAGUUUCAGUCUUGAAACGUCCAAGAACACCUCCAUCAGCACCCGGCUUGGUUGAUUAUCAGAACCCUGAUCAUGAACUGCUAAUGAAAAGAUUGCGCCCUGCUCCAUCGGUUGAGGAGGUUACAUAUCCUACACCACGGCAGCAAGCUUGGUCAUUGGAUGACCUACCAAGAACAGUAGCUUUGACCUUGCAUCAAGGAUCCAUGGUCACAAGCAUGGAUUUUCAUCCUACAAACCAUACAUUGCUACUUGUUGGUUCUGCCAAUGGUGAAAUUACACUCUGGGAACUUGGAAUGCGGGAAAGGUUGGUUUCAAAGCCAUUCAAGAUAUGGGAAAUGUCGGCAUGUUCGAUGACGUUUCAGGCUAUGAUGGUCAAUGAUACACCUAUAUCUGUCAACCGCGUCACAUGGAGUCCUGAUGGAAAUUUUCUUGGAGUUGCAUUUUCCAAACACUUGAUUCAUUUUUACGCUUAUCCUGGAUCAAAUGAUCUGAUACAGCGCUUAGAGAUUGAUGCCCAUGUUGGUGGUGUAAAUGACUUAGCCUUUGCUCAUCCAAACAAACAACUGUGCAUCGUUACCUGUGGAGAAGACAAGCUCAUAAAGGUGUGGGACUCGAUAACAGGGAAAAAGCUGUUUAAUUUUGAAGGUCAUGAUGCACCUGUUUAUUCCAUCUGCCCACAUCAUAAAGAGAACAUUCAGUUCAUAUUUUCAACUGCUGUCAAUGGGAAAAUUAAGGCCUGGUUGUAUGAUAAUAUGGGUUCCAGAGUUGAUUAUGAUGCCCCAGGUCAUUGGUGUACUACAAUGCUUUACAGUGCUGAUGGAAGCAGAUUGUUCUCUUGUGGAACAAGUAAAGAUGGAGAGUCUUUUCUGGUUGAGUGGAAUGAAAGUGAAGGAGCAAUAAAGAGGACUUAUGUGGGGUUUAGAAAGAAAUCAGCAGGUGUGGUAUCAUUUGACACAACACAAAAUCACUUUUUGGCUGCGGGAGAAGAUAGCCAGAUAAAGUUUUGGGACAUGGAUAAUAUCAGUCUUCUCACUUUCACAGAAGCCGAGGGUGGACUUCCUAGUCUUCCCCGUGUGAGAUUCAAUAAGGAAGGAAACCUCCUUUCUGUGACAACAGCAGAUAAUGGAUUCAAAAUACUUGCAAAUGCUUUGGGUCUCAGAUCUUUAAGAGCAGUUGAAACAUCUUUUGAUCCAUUGAGAACGCCAAUUGUUUCUUCUGCAAUUAAGGCUUCCGGCUCUUCUGCAGUUGCAAAUGUUGGUCCUGUCAGUUGUAAACUGGAGAGGAGCUCUCCUGUCAGGCCUUCUCCGAUGCUUAAUGGAGUUGAUCCCUUGAGUAGAAGUGUCGAAAGGCCAAGAGUUCUGGAUGAUGCAAUAGACAAGACUAAACCCUGGCAGUUAGCUGAAAUUGUGGAUCCUGGUCACUGUCGGUUGGUUACCUUACCUGACAGCACAGAUACCUCCAGCAAGGUUGUUCGCCUUUUGUACACAAAUUCUGCUGUCGGUAUUUUGGCACUUGGGUCAAAUGGUGUUCAGAAGCUAUGGAAGUGGCCCCGUAAUGAGCAAAAUCCAUCUGGAAAGGCCACUGCCAAUGUUGUUCCGCAGCAUUGGCAACCAAACAGUGGUCUUCUUAUGACUAAUGAUGUCACAGGUGUCAACCUGGAAGAAGCGGUACCAUGCAUAGCACUCUCAAAGAAUGAUUCGUAUGUUAUGUCAGCAACUGGCGGAAAAGUUUCUUUGUUUAACAUGAUGACUUUCAAGGUAAUGACAACAUUCAUGUCUCCUCCUCCAGCUUCAACCUUCCUAGCAUUCCAUCCUCAGGAUAAUAAUAUCAUAGCAAUCGGAAUGGAGGAUUCAACUAUCCAUAUAUACAAUGUUCGAGUAGAUGAGGUGAAAUCAAAAUUGAAAGGUCACCAAAAACGAAUAACUGGUUUGGCUUUUUCAACCAGCCUCAAUAUCUUGGUUUCAUCAGGUGCCGAUGCUAAUCUGUGUUUGUGGAGCAUUGAUACGUGGGAGAAAAGGAAAUCAGUUGCAAUCCAAAUUCCAGCUGGAAUGGCACCUACAGGUGAUACAAGAGUACAAUUUCACUCCGAUCAAAUUCGCAUGUUGGUAGUUCAUGAAACUCAGUUAGCAAUAUAUGAUGCCUCCAAGAUGGAGCGCGUUCGACAGUGGAUUCCACAAGAUGUAUUGCAUGCACCCAUAUCUUACGCAACAUACUCCUGUAAUAGUCAAUCUGUUUAUGCCACCUUUUGCGAUGGUAACAUUGGGGUAUUUGAUGCUGAUAGCCUGAGACUUAGAUGCCGUAUCGCUCCAUCAGUGUACUUGUCCUCAGUAAUCUUAAAAGGAAGUCAAACUGUGUACCCGCUUGUUGUGGCUGCACACCCGAUAGAAGCAAACCAAUUUGCAAUCGGGUUGAGCGAUGGAACUGUGAAAGUACUGGAGCCCUCCGAAUCUGAAGGGAAAUGGGGAGUGAGUCCACCAGCAGAUAACGGUGUCCAGCUUAACGGUAGGACGACAUCAUCAUCUACCACAAGCAAUCACACACCAGAUCAAUUACAAAGAUAGAUUUAUGAAAUGUAGAUUAUUAGGUUCUUACUUUUUAGUGUUCCAUAUGUCCCAAAAAGGUAAAACCCUGAAUGAUUAAGAAUGCCCCAAUUCUUGUAUAAUCCUCCUACUUGAUUGAUAGUUGUUCACUAGUUUUAUUUACUUGUAUUAACCUUUGGAGUGCUGUUCUUUUUCAAAACAAUGGCUGUAUCGACUUCUAUUGAAUUUAUUUCCUAAUAAAACCCUGUUGUAAGUUUGAUUUUU